GCCAUUGCUGCAACCAAGGUGCGACUAUUUGCUCGUCAAUCGUAAUGGCAUUCAAUUUCAAAAAUUAACAGAAAUCUUAAGUAUAUUAGUCUUUCAGGCAAUCGGAAAAUACGUUCAUCCCACAAGCUACAGGCAAAUCAUUGAAACUGAAAGUGUGCAAAUCCUCAAUGUAGAGGAGCAGAAGUUGGUUUCUGAAGAUCAAAAACACAGUUCGAAUGUCGCUCGAGUCCAUUAUCAGAAAUUGCGUUCUCGAGAUGUAGCUAUCAAAGGGCGAACAUGUAUGGAAAAAUUGCGUGCAGAAAUGGACACUUGCGUUGAACAGUUAAAACAAGAACAUUGUUCCGGACACCAAUAA